AUGAUCUGUCCUCAAGCACCCAUUCUUCCACCUAGAAACGCUCCUCAGCUCAAGAAGAACCUCGAUCGUUUCGAAUCAGCACGAUACCGCAAUAUCUCUGCGGAAUCCCUUGGGGAAGCUGUGCGGAUCAAGACUGUUUCAUACGAUGACAUGGGACCACCGGGUAACGACUCGCGAUGGGAUGUAUUUGAAGACUUUGAGGAAUUUCUAAGGCAGACGUUCAAUACUGUACACGAGACGCUCAAGUUGGAGCACAUCAAUGGACAUGGUCUGAUGUACACGUGGCCUGGAUCAGAUUGGUCAUUGAAGCCUAUUUUGCUUAUGGCACAUCAAGAUGUUGUGCGGGUAGCUGAAAAUACAAAAGAUCAAUGGCUACAUGCACCCUUUGGCGGCCACUAUGACGGCUUUGGAGUUUGGGGGCGUGGGGCCGGUGAUUGCAAGAAUAACCUGAUGGGCAUUAUGGAGGCAAUUACCGCACUUAUACAGGGUGGAUUCAAGCCACGGAGGACAGUAUUGCUGAGCUUUGGAUUUGAUGAGGAGAUUGGUGGGUCAUAUGGUGCUGCUCACUUGGCAGCCCAUAUUGAGCAAGUCCAUGGCAAGGACUCCAUCGAGUUCAUUCUCGAUGAAGGCGGUCUCGGCCUGCAAGAACAGUAUGGAUCUUUGUUUGCUUUGCCGGCAAUCGCCGAGAAGGGUUACGUUGAUAUGCAGAUCGUCGUAGAAACACCAGGUGGUCACUCCAGUAUUCCUCCGCCUCAUACCGCAAUUGGUUUGUUAUCAGAGCUUAUCAGGACGAUCGAGGAGAAUCCUCCAGACAAGGAACUCUUCCUGGAUACCGAAUCUCCAUAUUACGAGACUCUCCGCUGCAUGGCUCGUUUUGGUUACUCCAUGGAGAGUACUUUGCGUGAUUCAAUUCUGUCCGGUGAGCCUGAGAAAUUGGAGCGGGUUGCGCGCGGCUUGGCUGGUCAAGACCGGAAGAAUCGCUUUCUGAUGCAGACAUCACAGGCGAUUGAUAUCUUGCAGGGUGGUAAUAAGGUAAAUGCGCUUCCUGAAAGAGCGGAGACAAUUGUGAACUAUCGUAUCGCCGUUCACAGUCGCGUGUCCGACAUUCAGGACCACCUCAUCGAAUUCCUCGCUCCCAAAGCCAAAUCUCUCGACCUGGAAUUCUACGCCUUUGGCGCGAAGAUUGGCAAACGCAGGUUCGGAAGGAUUGGUCCGCGGGCAGGCAAGGUGAACCUCGAGGCCCUGAACCCGCUCGAACCUGCCCCAAUCAGUUCCACUGGCAGCAGGACAUGGGCAGUCUUGCAAGGAACCAUUAAACAUGUUUGGCGCCAUCCUGGCCCGGAUGGGGAGACCAUUACCGUGGCACCAUCCCUGAUGACCGGCAACACGGACACGCUACAUUACUGGAACGUGUCAAAGAACAUCUAUCGCUUCACGCCAUCGCGCGCUUCGGGCCGUAAAGGAAUCCACACGGUCAACGAGCGAAUGAGCAUGGACGACCACAUCGACGGCCUCAAGUUCUAUCACGAACUUAUCAGGAACGCCGACGAAGCAAGCUUUUGA